GUGCAGCUCUUCUUCGCUCUAGGUUUUGUUGACAUUUCUAAGAUCUACACCAUAGAGGUACACAAGGGUGAAAGAAACCCAAUACAUAUUUUCAUUUAUAAGUAUGCACUCGUCGCGCGGAUAUGACGCGCUGUGCAUUUUGUGACGCCACUGACUGUAUUGCCGCGAAAUGUCAAAUCAUGGCAUCAGGAUUUCAGAAAUGAUCGUCUCUUGAGUUUGAAAAGCAUGAGAAGUCAAGGCAGAUGUGGUCCAGAUGGGGUUUCUGUCCAGUGCAUGGAUGCACUUCAGCUCCUUCCACAGAGACUCAGGGAAAAACUGAUGCCCUUCCAGAGAGAAGAGCUCAUUUUUGCCCUGUCAAGGGAUCGACGGAGCAUCAGCACUAUUAAAGUGACCAUACUGGGCUACGGGCCGCUCACAAUGGACACACGCCCCCUGCUGGAGGCCCUGAACAAGCAACGAUUCACCGUCGUCCUGGUGGAUGAAUCCCACUACCUGAAAUCUCGCAACUCAGCUCGUAGUAAAAUACUGGUGCCAAUCAUUCAGAGUGCCAAGCGUGCCAUCCUUCUAACUGGCACCCCGGCGCUGGGCAGACCAGAGGAGCUCUUCAUGCAAAUCGAUGCUUUUUAUCCACGGAGGUUUGGAACCUGGAGCGACAAGGCAAAAAAUACUGCAAUGCACACUACAA